AUGGCCUCCUCUUCCUCCUCUGGCCCAGUCCAGGCUGAGGCGUUCCCGGACGGUACUAGCGACUAUGUUCCGUUGAGAAAGAAGAACUACGACCCGAAAAAACCUCACAUCUCGGAUCAGCCGAUAACCUUAUCCAACUGGCACAAGCACGUCAACUGGCUGAACACAACCCUGAUCGUCUUCGUUCCCAUUUGCGGUCUCGUCGGCGCCUAUUGGGUGCCUCUCUAUUUGAAGACGCUCAUCUUUGCGGUCGUGUAUUACUUCUACACGGGAUUGGGUAUCACAGCCGGCUACCACAGACUCUGGGCCCAUCGAUCCUACAAGGCGAGACUCCCGCUCAAAAUCUUCUUGGCCGCCGCUGGAGCUGGAGCAGUCGAGGGCAGCGCGAGGUGGUGGAGCUCCGGGCACCGCAGUCAUCAUCGGUACACCGACACAGACAAGGACCCGUACUCGGUUCGUAAGGGUCUUCUCUAUUCGCAUAUCGGAUGGAUGGUUUUCAAGCAGAAUCCGAAGCGAAUCGGCCGAACCGACAUUACGGACUUGAACGAAGACCCAGUGGUCAUCUGGCAACAUAGAAACUACCUUAAAUGCGUCAUCUCAAUGGGUCUCGUCUUCCCAACCCUCGUCUGUGGAUUCGGCUGGAAUGAUUGGAUGGGCGGUUUCGUCUAUGCCGGAAUCCUGAGAAUCUUCUUCAUCCAGCAAGCUACAUUCUGCGUGAACAGCUUGGCUCACUGGCUCGGCGACCAGCCUUUCGACGACCGAAACAGCCCCCGCGAUCAUGUCAUCACCGCCCUCGUAACUCUUGGUGAAGGCUAUCACAAUUUCCACCACGAAUUCCCCAGCGACUACCGAAAUGCGAUUCAAUGGUAUCAGUAUGAUCCGACGAAGGCCUUCAUCUACAUCAUGAGCCUGUUUGGACUGGCGUAUGACCUGAACACAUUCAGAUCGAAUGAAAUCGAGAAAGGUCGUCUUCAGCAAGAACAGAAGAAGUUGGAUCAGAAGCGAGUCCGCCUGGAUUGGGGCAUUCCUUUGGAGCAGCUGCCCGUCAUAUCCUGGGACGAUUACGUUGCCCAAGCCAAGGGUGGUCGCGCUCUCGUCGCCGUGGCCGGAGUGAUCCACGAUGUCUCGGACUUCAUUAAUAGCCACCCCGGAGGCAAGGCAUUGAUUACCAGCGCGAUCGGCAAGGACGCUACCUCGAUUUUCAACGGUGGUGUCUACCUGCAUAGCAAUGCGGCCCACAACCUACUUUCGACCAUGCGCGUGGGUGUCAUCCGUGGCGGUUGCGAGGUCGAGAUCUGGAAGCGGGCCCAGCUCGAGAACAAGGACGCCACCAUCGUCAACGACUCCUCCGGCCAGCGAAUCGUCCGUGCUGGGCUUCAAGUCACGCGUGUGGCCCAACCGAUUGCUAGCGCAGAUGCGGCAUGAGCUAUGAUUAUGAACUUGGCCGCAACCGAGGCGGUUGCUUUGCAUAACAGGGAAAAUGGGGAACGCGGAGUUUAGAGACGAGUCGUGGCUUCGGUCCGAUCAAUAAUGAGUUGCAGAGGGACUCGCACCACUCGCCACGACACCCAACUGGCAGUCAAGGCAGCCGGUUCCUGACUUUGCUCAUACACGAGGAAGAUUACUCGGUGUUUAUAUCAUUCACUGGCGUUCAUUGAUGAUACAGUAUCGGCGCCUUUGAGGGACCUUCCAUGCAGCAGGUCUAGAUUUUUAACCUGUCACGAAUAGCGCUGACUCA